AUGUACAAGGCCGAUAUACAAUUCUGUUGUGGAGAACGGCUACCAUUGAUCAAUCUACUCGCGUAUGGUGCAAGUGAAGGAUUUUUUGGUGUCAUCGCAAGUAUUCACACUGACGAGUAUCUUCUAUUACCAACAAAUGUAUUCUUCGAAUUCAUCAAAGAAGAAGAUAUUCAGCAAGCUCAACCAAAAACUCUUCUUAUCUCAGAGCUCGAACCCGGACAUCGAUAUGAAUUGGUUUGCACAACCCAUGCCGGAUUGGUUCGAUACAGAAUGGGAGAUGUCAUCAAUUGCACGAGAUUUCUUUGUCGAGCCGAUGACUUGGUUUCAUUACCAGAAGAACCAAUCGAGAUUCCAAGAAUUCCUCUUAUUUCACUUGCAUAUCGUGUUGGAACUCUUUUGAGUGUAUUUGGCGAGAAAACAAAUGAACAACAUUUGAUAAAUGCUCUUCAACAAACUGUUUGGCAAUGGCGAGAACAAGGAAUACCAGUUAACUCUUAUGAAUUUGCGUCGUAUCCAAGAUUAGAUGUAUUUCCGGCUCAAUACGUCAUCUUUCUGGAAUUGAUUGAAGAUCAAGAACACAAGAUUGAUGCACAACAACUUCAAAUUCUCAAGAAUACCGUCAAUGCAGAAGUCGAACAAGAACUUUGCAAAGCGAACCAAAAUUAUCAAAAUAGUCGAAGUUCAACAAAGCUUGGUCCGCUUAAUGCUAUUCUUACGGAGAUAGACGUCCAUGGACCAGGUGUUCAAUCAGAUGGUGUUAUGACCAAUAAACGAACUUGGUUCCAAGUUGAUGUUAAAAAUGCUGGUAAUCGUCCUGUUCAAGCUAGUAUUACUGAUCCACAGGGUCAACAGAACACAGUAUCUGUAUCAAUUGAACGAAAAGCUCCAGGAGAAUUUUUUUGUGAGUAUGACCCACGCGAACCUGGUCCUCAUCGGAUUAAUGUUAAUUUUGAUGGCCAACCUGCACCAAAUAGUCCAUAUCCUGUAAAUGUUAAAUCAUCUUUAGCAUCUGAUCCUACAAGAGCAUCUGAUCGUACAAAAUUUGAUGUCUUUGGACGCGGUAUAGAACCAAGAGGUGUUCAUAUAGAUGACAUAGCUGAUUUUUAUGUUAUUACUGGAUCUGCUGGUGAGGGUAUUAUGAAACCAACAGUUACUGAGCCAGAUGGUUCGCAGAUUCCUUGCCGAGUAAGGAAACUUAAUAAAACAACUUAUGAAUGUGAUUAUGUACCGACUCAUGCUACACUUCAUACAGUUAACAUAACAUAUGAUGGUACACCUGUUCCACGAAGCCCAUUUCUAGUUGAGGUUGGACCAAAAAAAGAUUCACGUAUUCGUACAUUUGGUCCAGGACUUGAGGGUGGUGUUGUCGGUUAUCCAGCUGUUUUUGUUAUUGAAACACAUGGUGAAACUGGUUUAUUAGACGUAGUAAUCAAAGGACCAUCAAAAGUACGUGUUGAACGUAAGGAUAAUGGCGAUGGUUCGAUUAAUGUAACUUAUUGGCCAACGGCAUUCGGAAAAUAUGCAGUACAUGUUCUUGAUAAUGGUAAAGAUAUUCCAUUAUCACCAUUUAUGGUUCAGAUUGUAGCACGAACAAUGUUCGCUCCAAAUAAGGUUAUAGCUUAUGGUGCAGGAAUUGAGCGUACUGGACAAAUUGUUCAUCAACUAAAUAAAUUCACUAUUGAUACACAUCUUGCUGGUGAGGCACCAUUACAUGUUUCAGCUAUAGAUCAAGAACGUCAAUCAGUUAACGUGCAAGUUUCUUAUAAUGGUGAUGGAACAUAUACUUGCCAAUAUACUCCACAAACUCUUUUGUAUCACUGGAUUUUUAUAAAUUUUGGAAGUGUCGCCAUACCAAACAGUCCAUUUCAAAUUUGGCCAAUAGAUCCAUCAAAAGUUCAUGUUUAUGGACCUGGUGUCGAACGUGAUGUUAAAAUAAAUAAUCUAACACACUUUUUUGUAGACUACAAAGAAGCUGGUCCAGGCAACAUAUUAGUCGUUAUAAAAGAUGCAUACAGACAAGAUGUAUCAUACAAUAUUGUUUGUGAUCAAGAUAGAAUAUUUCGCAUUGAAUAUACACCUGAAUUACCGGGUGUACAUUUUAUAAAUGUUUUAUUUUGUGAUCAUGAAAUACCAAUAUCACCAAUUCAAGUCGAUGUUGAAUCAAGAAAACCACUUUGGUCACCUAAACAACCUAAAAUACGUGCCUAUGGACCUGGUCUAUCACGAGGUACAGUUAAUGAACCAGCUAAUUUCAUUAUUGAUACAAAUGAUGCUGAUAAUAUUCAAUUGGAUAUAAAAAUUGAAGGACCAUCAGCAUUGACAAUUGAUUUUCAAUAUAAUGAUUAUGGUAGACCUCAAGUAACCUAUUAUCCAAAAGUCGCUGGAAAUUACAAUAUUAAUAUACUGUAUGCAGGAAAACAUAUACCAGGAUCACCAUUUGCUGCUAUAGUUGAUCUUAACAUACAAGAUAUUCGUUGUUAUGGACCCGGAAUUUGUUCCAUGGGUAUGUAUCGUAUGGAUUUAAUAAGAAUAUAUGAC